UUGUUUAGCGCGUGGGGGUGAUUUUGUUGCGGUCGCAUUCUUGGAUCCUCUGGACAUUCCAGUACCUCCUCUCCGGCCCAACCCGCCGCUCAAGCCUAAAUGUAGGGUACGCGUCGCGAGCUCAAUAUAUUGCUGGGGGGUUGCAUCGGCUGAUGUUUGUUGACGCCAUUUCGGUGUCAAGGGGUCGAAGCAAAACACAUUUGGCGCGUCGGUUAACCUCCAAUUUAACCUUGGAAUGUGCCUCAUCGAUGGUUCUCAACGUAGCGGAUAGUUGGAGCUCCAGCCGUCACUAUUCACGGUCAAUCGCCACGGCCCAGAAGUCGAGAGAGGGUGGUGCCCCGUGCUUAAUUGAGGGUUCAGAGGCUUGGUCUUCGAGUGGAUGGGCGGAAGCUCUCAGCAGGGGUUGCGUCGUUGUCGUCUGCUGCUUGAUAAAUAUCCAUAUCUCCAUGUCGAGACUGACCCAAGUAUACCAUGUACAAGGUCAACUUCCAAUGGCCUUCGAUAAUGAGCAUAUGAUGCAUUCCAUCCUCUGUGUCGCAGCACGACAGCGAUCUUAUUUGCAGCCGCAAGAUCCAAGACAUCGAACUGCUGAAAUACUGACCACAUAUUAGAGCAGCUAAUUUAACUUAUAUUGGCUCUAAGGAACGACCGAUCCAAUCGUUGAGCAUUGGUUCUGGUGAUGUCUCAGCCCCUAUCUUUCAUGCCC